ACUUGUACCUUGCUUUCUUUCUUUCUUUGUUUGAUCAAAUCAUCGAAACCCCACUCUCUUCUCUCUCUCUCUCUCUUCAUUUUCAUCCUUUUUCCCCAGCAUUUUCUAGGAAAAUUUCUCUGCUACUAUUUUCAAGGAAAAAAUAGAACCAUGAACUCUUCUUAAGGAACGUGUGUUAGUACUGUGGCACCAACCUUUUGAGGUAGCAUUGAACUUCAUUUCCACAAUGCAGAACGGAAUCUUGGCCUUUCGAGGUUCUCUUCAGCUAAUUUCAUAUCUAAACGAAACUCUACCUAAACCCUAAUUUUGCUUCAAAAAAGUCAACCCAUUUUCCUAAAUCCAAUCUGCUUCAACCUUUUCUAGGUUUCCCAUUUUGGGUUUUAAAGAAAUGGGGUUUUCGUAGUUCACUUUGAAGGUUGAAAAUUCAAGAUCUGUUUUUGGGGUCACUUCAUUGUGCACCAGGUGUUUGUUAAAAGUUCGAUAUGAUUGUUUUUAUGGGUAGUUUUGAUUGAUAAUUAGAGUUUUCAAAAGGGUGUGUAGUGAGGUAAAAAAGAAGAAGAAUUUGGUCGGUGAUUGAUUGUGUGUUUUGGUGGGCUGUGAAACCUAAAUUAGAAAGAUUUGUGUAAAUGUCAGCUUCAGGAGGUCCUAGAUUGAGGUCUAUGAAUGUUGCUGACUCAGAAGCAAGGCCUGUGUUUGGUCCUGCUGGAAAUAAGACAGGUUCUUAUAGUUCUAGAAAAGAUGCUUCAAAGCCACUGAGAAAGGCUGAGAAAUUGGGCAAGGAGGUUGAUUUGGCCAAAGAGAAGAAAGAAGCUUCUCCUCAGUCACAUUCUGCCAGUGUUUCUUCAGUGUUGCGCCGACACGAGCAGUUGUUGCAUUCUAAUUUGUCGAUGAAUGCUUCGUGUUCUUCAGAUGCAUCGACCGACUCAUUUCAUAGCCGAGCUUCUACUGGAAGAUUGACUCGGUCUAAUAGCUAUGGUUUGACAAGGAAGCGGUCAGUGUCAAAGCCAAGAAGUGUUGUUUCUGACGGUGUGUUGGAAUCUCCUCCUCCUGAUGGUGCACAACCCAAGAAGAGGUGUGCUUGGAUCACUCCUAAUACUGAGCCAUAUUAUGCUACUUUCCAUGAUGAAGAAUGGGGAGUUCCAGUACAUGACGACAAGAAACUGUUUGAGGUUCUUGUUCUUUCGAGUGCUCUAUCUGAACUCACUUGGCCAGCCAUUCUAAGCAAGAGACACAUUUUUAGGGAAGUUUUUGCUGACUUUGAUCCAGUUGCUGUCUCAAAAUUAAAUGAGAAGAAAGUGAUAACACCAGGAACCACUGCAAGUUCCUUACUCUCUGAUCAGAAAUUGCGUGGAAUAAUUGAGAAUGCACGCCAAAUAUCAAAGGUCAUAGUAGAGUUUGGGUCAUUUGACAAUUACAUUUGGAGUUUUGUGAACCACAAGCCUAUACUUAGCAAAUUCCGAUAUCCCCGACAGGUUCCCGUUAAAACGCCAAAAGCUGAAGUUAUUAGCAAAGACCUGGUGAGAAGAGGUUUCCGUGGUGUGGGUCCCACGGUCAUAUACUCCUUCAUGCAGGUAGUGGGGUUAACUAAUGACCACCUCAUUAGUUGCUUCAGAUUUCAGGAAUGUGUGGCUGCAGCAGAAGGGAAGGAGGAGAAUUCCAUCAAGAAUGAGGAUGCUCAACCAAAUGCAUGUGAUAGUGUGAUGGAAUCUGAUCUUUCCAUUGCCAUUGAUAAUUUGAGUUUGUCCUCAGAAUGAAUCACGGUAAAUCUGGUAGAUCAAAUAGGUACACUACAUGCUUAGCCUGAGAUUGAGUUAUAUUUGAGGAGAAUUUGUGUAUCAAUCUCAAAGAAGGGUUGAAUCAAUUACAUGUCCUGUUGUAUGAAGCUUUCCGGAUGGAAGCCUUAACAAAUUGGUGUAGAAUUUUUUGUACAGUAAAAAAUAUCAGUGAUUAGAAAUUUCUUUUACUGAUCCAGUGUUAGCAGGGUAAUAGAUAACUGAAUUUCAUUUCAUUAUACAGGAUUAACAUCUUAAUUUUA